AUGAGGUGGUUCAAUGGUUUGAAGGCCAAUUCUAUUGAGUCCUUCAAAAAGCUUACCCAGGCUUUUGGCGCUCGCUUUAUCACAUGCAGCAGGGUACCUUGGCCUUUGGGAUCCUUGUUGUCUAUGUCUAUGUGGGAGGGUGAGACUCUCAAAGCUUAUUCAGACAGAUAUUGGGAAAUGUUCAAUGAAAUAGAAGGAGAGCAUGACGACGUGGCCAUAAGUACUUUCAAAGCUGGCCUUCCAGCCGACCAUGAUUUAAGGAAAUCCCUAACUGGUAUACCUGUUACCGGCGUACACCAAUUGAUGGAUAGGAUUGAUAAGUAUAGAAGAGUAAAAGAGGACCAACUACAGGGAAAAGGAAAAGCUAAGGUAAUCCCUCAGGAGAGGAGGGAUUUCAAGUCGGACCGUUACAACAGUAACCGACCUCGGAAAGACUUCAUCGAGCAAUCAGGAUCUGCAAACACCCAAACAGUCAAUGCAGUGUUUCGAGAGUCGGUGUAG